GAUCCAUCCACUCGUCGGAGGGAGCCAUCGAAGGUGGAGGAGCAUGCGAGAGCAGCUCCUCGGUGUUUCAACAUGACCCAGCCUUAGUAGGGUACCUCUGCUGGCGUACACCCUCCGCGCCGCGACACGAUACGACACGCAGAAGGAGGUGGUGGAGGAGGCGGAGGUGGUGCCGGCGGAGGAGGCGGUGGUGGUGGUGGAGGCGGCGGCGGCCAGAGAGGUGGUGGAGGACGGGGGAGAGGAGGAGGAGGAGGAGGACGGAGAAGAAGAAGACGAAGGAGGAGAAGGAGGAGGAGGACGGUGGACUCGCUAACGACGGCGAACGUCCUCGAGGGUGCAAGAUACCAGCACCAGCAACACCACCGACGACGAUGAUCGUGACAGGCGGCGAACGACGUACAUGUUGGAGGAGGAGGCGCCGAUUCGCGGUUGCGGUACUGGCCUCGGCCCUACUAACCUUAGCGAUCGGUCCCGCGCCAACCGAGGGACACAGGCCAGCACCAAACAAUCCGAUCAUUCUGCAGACGAGCACCAGCACGACAACUACGCCCUUCUACGUCCACUCGGUGAACGGUACCGUCUUACCGAAUGCCAACUACAACAACAACAAUGAGUUGGAUCCAUACGGGGGGGAAGACGGAUACAACAGUACCAUCCAUCAUCACCAUCAUAAGAAAGUCGGCGCUAACAUGACCGAGGAGAAGGCGCCUCUCUUUCCCAGUGAUCUCUUCACCGUCCAGCAACGGCAACGCGGUGCCGUGAUACUUCACGUAAUGGGUGUAGUGUACAUGUUUGUCGCGUUGGCGAUCGUUUGCGACGAGUUCUUCGUGCCGUCUCUGGACGUGAUCAUUGAGAAACUCGAGAUCGCCGACGACGUUGCGGGUGCUACUUUCAUGGCGGCCGGUGGUUCGGCCCCGGAACUCUUCACAUCGAUAAUCGGCGUGUUCGUGUCGUUCGACGACGUCGGUAUCGGUACCAUCGUCGGUUCGGCCGUCUUCAAUAUUCUCUUCGUGAUCGGCAUGUGCGCUAUAUUCUCGCGUACCGUGCUCUCCCUCACAUGGUGGCCUCUAUUUCGCGACUGCACUUUUUAUAGCGCCAGUCUGAUCACCCUGAUCUAUUUCUUCCGUGAUAAUUAUAUUCACUGGUACGAGGCCCUCGUGCUCUUCGGAUUCUACUUGGCUUACGUGAGCUUCAUGAAGUGGAACCAACCGAUGGAGAAGCUGGUCAAGAGAGUGAUCUAUAGAAACAAGGUGACCCGGGUCAGGUCUACCGAUCAGCUGAUGCCCUCGCACCAGAGCGCCGCCCAGGCAUUGCAGCAUCCGAACGCGACGAACAGUAGCGAGACGAGCGUGGGUGGCGUGUCGGGUGCAUGCGGAAGCAGCGGCAUACCGGCGGGUGGAGAGGCCGGGUGCAGCAGCAGAGGUGGCAGCAGCAGUGGUGCCGGUGGCACGGCCGGACAGGGCUGCGAGCAGGGAGCCCACGGUGGCUCCUCGUCUCAUUCCAGGGAGAGCCACGCCAAGUUCAGGCACGGCUUGCUACAGCUUAUGAUCCACACGAUCGAUCCGCUCCACGACGGUCAGUCCCGCGCCGGCAAAGUGGACGAGAAAGCGACGCAACUGCACGCGAUAGCGUCGCUAAAGGUGUUACUGGAUGCCACCAGGCCGCACAACGGCGCUGCGACGUCGACCGCCGCCCAUUACUCCGGUGCCUCGUCGAAAGAGACCACUCUGCAGCUGCAGCAAGGCUCCCAGGGCACCACCACGACCACCACUACGACGACGACCACCGCUGGCACCACCGCCGGCAUCCAGGAACUUCCCAACGGUGGUAUAGCCGCUGGCCUCGACGCGGGCCUCGAUUCGGGUGAGGAGGAUGAACCUCCGGAAGCGUUGGACAUGGGCUGGCCCAGCAGUCCCAGGAAGAGACUCACUUACAUUUUGGUCGCGCCGAUUCUGUUCCCUCUGUGGCUGACGUUACCGGACACGAGGACACCCAGAGGGAAAAAGUUCUUCGCGGUGACGUUCAUCGGCUCGAUCUGCUGGAUCGCGGCGUAUUCGUACCUGAUGGUCUGGUGGGCGAACGUCGCCGGCGACACGAUUCGCAUCCCGCCGGAAGUGAUGGGACUGACGUUCCUCGCAGCCGGUACCAGCAUCCCAGACCUGAUCACCAGCGUGAUCGUCGCGCGAAAAGGAUUCGGCGACAUGGCCGUCUCGAGCUCCGUUGGCAGCAACAUCUUCGACGUGACAGUUGGGCUUCCGGUACCGUGGUUGCUGUACGGCUUGAUCUACGGAAGACCCGUGGAGGUGAACUCGGUGGGCAUGGUGUGCAGCAUAGCGAUCCUCUUCUGCAUGCUGUCGUUCGUGAUCUUUAGCAUCGCCUGUUUCAAGUGGCGGAUGAACAAGGGACUCGGGUUCACCAUGUUCCUCCUCUACUUCGUCUUCGUCGCCGUCUCGCUGAUGUUCGAGUACGAGAUGCUGGUCUGUCCGGUGUAGGAAACCGGGAGCGAGCCAGAAAGGUCCAGCAAGGACGGCAGAUGGACGCACACUUACGGGUCUCGUCAUCGUCAUAAUCAUCGUCGUCGGCGAGUCGUCCAGCGGCCGACGAGCAAAAUCUUCCUCGAGCGCCGGAUCGAUCGACAGAGGAGAACGAUAGACAACAGCCUUCCUGAAAUAACUAUCGAAACAGUGUCGAUGCAUCACGAUCCCCUUCCCUCGUUCCCACCGAAGAAUCUCGUCACCCUCCCAAUAUCGCCGGUUUGAUACGGUCGAACGAUUAUUACACGUUAACUCAAUAUUACGAAGCGUAUUUGUUUUUCUCUCUUUCCUUUGUCUUUUUUUUCUCUCUUUCUUUCUUUCUUUCUUUCUUUUUCUUCUUCUUCUUCUUUUUCUUUCCGUUCUAGUCGAGAAUACGUGUACAUAUUGUAUAAACCUAUUGAAAUACCUGAAACAAAAUACUCGUCUCGUUAAGAAUUCCAAGGCGGCGAAAUUCUGUUCGACGAACAGGAGCCGUAGUCGUCGCUUUGUCCGAAACGCAGCGAGCGCGUCGGCCAGUCGUGCCAACGAUCCCGCCGAAACGUUGUCUACUUGGCGCGAGUAGACGUCUCGUGGAUCACGGUGAUCCACCACUUUUGUCGCUACGAUUCCCACGUCCCUUUUUCUCUUUUCUUCUUUAUCUCUUUCCUCGCCUCUCCUCCCCUCCACCCCGCCCCGCCCUGCCCCUUCUUCUCCUAUUUUCUUCCCUUCCUUCUUUUCUCUUCUCCACGCUUCUUCUCUUCGUACCUGUACCUCCUCUUACGAGAGCCGCACUCUUACCAUUGUUCCUUCUACGGAUAUUUAUCCUAGAUGUAGCGUCUCGAUUCGUGCAACUUGCUCGUCGACGCCACUCGUCACAGACUCUCGCACGCUCGAAGCUCGACGCACCGGUCUCCAAGCGCGAGGAUCGUCGAAGCGCACGAUCCAACUCGCAGAAUACUACUCGCGCGACUCAUUGAAGUGGCGUCAGCCGAAUUGACAAAUCGGGUUCCGCAACCGCGUCGAGUGAAUUGCAAUUGCUAUAUCGAACCGACGAGCCGUCACCGAUUCUGCCAUUGGCACGGUUUCAUCCUCCGAGCAAGCGAUCGACGAUUCCUCGUUUACACAGUGGACGGCCUGACCGCUCGCUGAUUUCUCUCUCUAUAUACAUACAUAUAUAUAUAUAUAUAUGUAUAUAUAUAUAUAUAUAUAUA